AUUUAAAAGCUUAUAUUUAAAAUCUUAUAAGGGGAGCCAAACUCCUCUUUGAUUGUUCUGUUGUAACAAAGUGGAAGUUAUAACAAAGAUCAAUUAACCGCAAAUCAUCAAUAAUUUGCUUCCCACAUCUUUCACCAGCUGCUCUCGAGAUCCUCCCAUGGCGGCGUCCACCGCGAUUGCAAAUUCCUCCGCCGCUCUCGCCGCCGUUAACUCUCGCCACCACCUCUGCCCUAAAUUUGCCUCCAUUUCACUCAUCCACGGCCUUCGAGAAUUCCGCCCUUCUCCGCUCGGUCUCGCACAUCAUUGCGCUACAAAUGGUUCUUCUCUACCGAUUAUUAGAGCUCAGAAUUCUCCAGCUUACAUACCUGAGGCCAAUUUCUACAAAGUUGAGGCAAUUCUGAGACCGUGGAGGAUCCAACAGGUUUCUUCGGCAUUGUUGAAGAUGGGAAUUCGUGGGAUUACAGUUUCUGAUGUACGAGGCUUUGGUGCUCAAGGUGGCUCAGCAGAAAGACAGGCUGGCUCUGAGUUUUCUGAAGACAAUUUUGUCGUGAAAGUAAAGAUGGAGAUUGUUGUGAGCAAAGAUCAGGUCGAAGAAAUCAUUGCAAAGAUAAUCGACGAGGCAAGAACCGGAGAGAUAGGAGAUGGCAAGAUUUUCGUGAGCCCCGUGGCCGACAUAAUAAGAGUUCGUACAGGUGAGCGAGGGGAGAAGGCGGAAAGGAUGACAGGCGGACGUUCUGAUAUGUUCUCCGUUGGAUCCUCCUCUACUGGAGCCCGCUAGAACUACUUAACCUUUUUGUUGUCUGUCGCUGUUGGAAAUUUUGAACCUUUUGUUGUGAGAUUUUGAUAUAGUUUCUACUAUAGAACAAAUCAACAAGAAAACAGUGCAUAAAUUCAAUAUUUCAGACAUAUUUCUUGUU